CCCGCCCGCCCGCCGCUCGCACACACGCGCGCACACACGCACGCACGGAGCAUCCUUCUCCGCGGCUCUCCGGUCCAGCCCCGCCCGCGCCCGCCGCUUCCCGCAAACCUUCCCGCUCUCCCCACGCCCCCUCCCCGCCCGCCCGGCUCUCAGGACCCUCCUCGCCGACCUCCGCCCUCCUCCCGGCAUGGAGCGCUCGGAGCCGGCGCGGAGCCCCCCGCGGCCGGGGUGACGGCCCCCCAGCGCCCCGCUCCCGCCGCGCCCCCCGCCCCAGCACCAUGGGCCCGAGGGGCUCCCGGGGCGCCCGACGCUGAAGAUGACUGAUGCUGGAGCCGUCCUGAGUCAUGGCUUCCUCAAAACUCCGAGAACUCACCGAUGAGGUUUUUGACCUGGACUUGGCCGUGCCCGAGACCGCCAGGCUGGACAGCAGUCUACACAAGGCCCGGGCGCAGCUGCUGGCCAAAGGCCGGAGACACCGGCCCUCCCGCUCCCGGCUUCGGGACAGCGCCAGCUCCGCAGAGGAUGGGGAAGGCUCCGAUGGGCCUGGGGGCAAGGUGACGGACGGCUGCGGGAGCCCCCUGCACCGGCUGCGUUCGCCUUUGCACUCGGGCCCUGGGUCCCCGGCGGGGGGCUCUUUCUGCCUGGAGCCCCCCGGCUUGCGGCGCAGUCUGGAUGAGGACGAGCCCCCGCCCUCGCCGCUCGCGCGCUACCGGCCCCUGCACAACGCCGCGUCGCACGAGGGCCUGGCGGCCGCGUCCUGCUCGCCACCGCGCUCCGCGCCCUCCUCGGACAGCUCGCCCAGCUUCGUGCGCCGCUACCCGCGCGCAGAGCCGCACAGCGAAGAUGACAGCCGGGAUGCCAGCCCGCCUGAGCCCGCCAGCCCCACCAUCGGCCUGGACAAGAAGACUCGCCGCAAGUUCCUGGACCUGGGGGUCACCUUGCGCCGAGCGUCCACGAGCAAGAGCCGUAAGGAGAAGGGCAGUAACCGGCUGUCCAUGGGCAGCAGGGAGUCGGUGGAGGGCUCCGGCAGGUCAGGGGGCUCCCCGUUUCUGCCCUUCUCCUGGUUCACAGACAGCGGCAAGGGCUCAGCAUCCUCAGGCAGCACCACGUCUCCCAUCUGCUCCCCCAAACACGAAGGCUUCAGCCCCAAGAAGUCAGCUUCGCAGGAAUCCACCCUGAGCGACGACUCCACCCCCCCCAGCAGCAGCCCCAAGAUCCCCUGCGGGCCCCGGCAGGAGGCCAAGUGCUCCUACCCCUACCACACGCUGUCCCAGUCGUCUGACGAGUUCCUGGAGGAGCCGCUCCCUGCUGUGCACCACUGGACCAGCCAGCAGGUGGGCCAGUGGCUGGGCAGCCUCCACCUGGAGCAGUACGCCGCCGAGUUCGCCGCGCGCCAGGUGGACGGGCCGCAGCUGCUGCAGCUGGACGGGAGCAAGCUGAAGAGCCUGGGGCUCAGCAGCUCUCACGACCGGGCGCUGGUGAAGCGGAAGCUGAAGGAGCUGGCGGCGGCAGCUGAGAAGGAGCGCAAGGCCCAGGAGAAGGCGGCGCGGCAGUGCGAGAAGCUCCGGCGCCGGGAGCGCGAGCAGGAGGCCAAGAAGAGCUAGGGGGGUGGGGAGGGGGCAGGAACGGCCCCCUGGCCUCACGCUGCCUUCCGGACCGAUGCCCCCCAGAAGGGAGGCGCUUUGGCACAGAGUUCCCGGGGGAGGGCGGCUGGGGGUAGGAGUCGCUCCUCUCCCCGCUGGGGGGGGGCCAGUGCACUCAGGGUAGCCCCACUCCAUACUCGUCAGUGGCCAGGGGUCCCACGGGACCUGCUCGAGGACUCUGGCUGCCCCGCCCCCGUCCCGGGUCCCCAGGGGAGAGAGGACGGUGCAAACGCAGGAGCUGGUGGCGACGGAGCACUCACCCGGCCUGGCAGAGGCAGAGUCUGGGGGGGGUCCUGGAAGACCAGAAGGGUUUACAGCCCACGGGGGCCAGCCCCAGCCCCUGGCGGGACCUCCACAAGCUCCAGAACAGGCACCUGGCAGAGACCCUGUUUCCGGGCAGGCCCUCUGGGUCAGUGGGGUAUGUUCUGUUCCCCGACCACAUCUGUCCUGGCAGGAGGGGGGCAGGAGGGGCCAUCAGACACAGGUGGACCCGCAGCUAGCUCAGUGACUGGGGCACUGGCCUGAAUGACCAACGGGGCCGGGGGUCCCUAAACAGAACCCCCCACCUCCUCCCACCUGCCUGGAGCUGAGGGGAGGGACCAAUGCAUGUCGUCCCCCUUCCCGUCUCGGGGCUGUGGCCUGGGGGAGGGGGUCACCCCUCCCCUACUGGUAAUGCUGGGAGGGGGCUUGGGAGAAUGAGGGGGCCCGGGCAGCACUGGGCCCAGUGGAGGGGCUGGUGGGCGUUAGGAGUGAGUGGGGUGCCCGCCUGCAUGUGGAGGGGGAGCCAGAACUCGAUUUCUUUCAAUAAACACUUAAGACGUGCAACCUCUCGUCUGCUUGAGUGGGGGCCCUGGGCGGAGACAGGGGCGUGAGUGUGGGGCGGGUCCCCUCCAGGCUGUCCUGGGCGGGAGGGAGUUGGGGGCGUCCUGGGGGCGGCGCAGGAAAGCAGAGAGGCAGGCCACACCAUCUCCUCUUUACUGGGGGCGGCCAUGCCCGGCACAGGGGAGGCCAGCACUCAGCCCACUGCACCCCUGCCCCCUGCUCGGGAAAGGGGCAUGCCAGGCUAUAAAACCAGCUAUGUACAAAGGGAGCUAGAGAGAAGCACCCCCACGCGUGGCUGGGCGGGCGCCACCACAAGGGGUGCGACGUGGGCUUGGGAGGGAGGACAUGCGGGGAGGGGCGGGGGCGCCCUCAGCGUCUGUCCAGUUCCUGCGGGCGGGGCCGAGCACCCAGCGGGGGCUGGGGGGCUGCAGCACCCACUGCCCCGCUGGGAGGCCAAGAGUGCCCCCUCCUAACACUGACAGCAGACCACGCCAGGGUGCUGCGGGGGCAGGAGUAAGACAAGCAGGGGCUGUGGAGGGCAGUGAUGGGGGACCCAGGUCCCCCCGAGAAAAGGGGGCAGCACGACGCAGAGAGGAGGACGGCCGCAGAAACGGGCCUCGGGACACCUCCUGGGGGGGGCCUUCCCCAA